GUACUUCUUAAUUUGAAAUCAGAGAUGCGAUAUGAGAGUCGAGCUUCUACUAAUAUGAUUUCGUCGCUUCAAUUCCGUCAUUGGAGCCUUCGCGGUUAUGGUUUUACUGCCUCAAUAAUUCAGAGAAAUGACUGUGUGCUAUAUUGGCCGGUCGAAGAAUGUGUGCUAAAAUUGGCCGUUCUUCUCUAA